AUGGGCCGCUCCUCCUUGGGACUAUCAGCGGCGUUUCGCGGCUCUCACAGCCUGCAGCCUUUCACUUGGCACGGUACUUUGCGAACUGUGGUGCCGUCGGAGAAGGGUUACCAGCGGCUGCUCCUUCCUGGGACGCUGCAGGCUCCGCAACGAAGAUCGCUUCGCUCCUUGGCGACGGCCGCAGGCUUGCGCUGUGAGACUUUCGGCCCCAAGUCUUGCCGGCAGGUCCUGCUUGCUCUGCCAGCGGAGUGCAGCUGCUGCGUGAAUGCACUGUCUUACCCAGCAACUGAGAUCCUCUCUACACCACAGCUUCGAGAUGCACUGCAGCAGGUUUUCGGCUUCAGCCCCUUGUCCGACGACGACAUAAC